AGAAUCUCCAGCACCCAGCGCAGUCUCGGCUCCCACUCCGUGUCCUCCGGAGCUGCUGGGGCGCAUGAUGGCGGUGGCCACUGUCGCGGAGAUGAGCAGCGCCAGCAGUAACAGCAGCGAUACCUCUAGUACGGGCGAGGAGGAGAGGAUGAAGCGCCUCUUCCAGACCUGCGACGGCGAUGGGGAUGGCUUCAUCAGCAGGUUGGAAGAGGUGAUCUUCCCCCUCUACUCAACCCUGGUGAGGCCACAGCUGGAGAACUGUGUCCAGUUCUGGGCUUCUCAGUACCAGAAAGACAAGAAGCUUCUGGAGAGGGUCCAAUGGAGGGCCGUAAGGAUGAUCAGGGAUCUGGAGCAUCUCUCCUAUGAGAAGAGAUUGCGGGAGCUGGGCCUGUUUAGUCUAGAGGAGAGAAAACUGGGAGGGGAUCUCGUCGCAUAUAAAUAUCUCAAGGGUGGGUGCCAGGAGGAUGGUGCCAGAUUCUUUACGCUGGCGCCCAGCAACAGGAUGAAGAGCAAUGGCCAUAAACUAAAACAUGGAAGUAUCACCUCUAAAACUGAUCCACGUAAUAGUAACUCUUUUUCAGAUGCUGUCCCCUGCAGUGAGCACAUUGGUUCUUCAUCUUUCUUCACUGUACAGGUUGCUGUUUGUGCCUCUUGUUUGCUUUUCCUCUUGCUUACAGGAGCAAUCGAUAUUAGCACGGAUUGUUCCUUUGGUUAGCUGCAAUGACUAUCACUGUGGUUGGAGUGGCCGCAGUAUCUGCCACUAGGGUUGCAGUGGCUGCAGUAUCUGUUGUCGGGGUUGGUGCAGCUGCUGUGCUUGGGGUUUGAGC